UCACAAUGUGCAGUCCAUUAAGGUAGUACUUUUUAAUCAUUGACGGUGUUGGAAGUUGGACAAAGGUGAAUGCUUACACACAGAAAAUGUGAGCUUGUAGCUGUUUAACACAUUGCUGUAUCAUUAUGAAUGUGUCCUCUCAGCCCCCAGUAAUAGUUAACACGACACAUGCCUUAGGAUUUACUGGCUUGUACAGUCGCUUGGUUGUUACCGGUCUGUGAACACUGCUUAGCCUUCAGCUAUUAACUUUGAGGAUCAACAUACCUUUUGUAUUUUAUCCAUCAUUAAAUAGUUCAGCUUUACAGCAUCAUUAUUGCUGUAACAUGGUGGAAGUGAUUACAUGCAAUGAAAGGACUGAGGAUGUUAAGGAGGACAUGAGGACUGAUGGCAAUGGACGCACUGUGGAAAAUGUGGCUCCAGAGCCGGUCAUCCAUGAAACCAAGGAAGAUCCAGAAACCCAAACGCAGAAGACCAGAACCUGGAUAUGGUCCGUAGUUUAUCUUUGUUUCUAUGGCUUCAUGGUGCAGCUGAAGCCUGGAGAGCCGUUUAUCACACCAUACCUGCUCAGUACAGAGAAGAACUUCACUAGUGAACAGGUCACCAAUGAAAUCAACCCAGUCCUCACAUAUUCCUAUAUGGUCGUGCUGGUGCCUGUCUUUCUGCUGACAGAUUACCUACGAUACAAACCUGUGCUGAUCCUUCAGAGCUUGAGCCAUGUUUCCAUUUGGCUCUUCCUGCUUUUGGGAGCCUCAUUGCUGGAGAUGCAGUUUAUGGAGUUCUUUUAUGGCAUCACCAUGGCUGCCCGUGUGGCGUACUCCUCGUACAUUUUCUCACUAGUACCAGCGACUGUUUACCAGCGUGUAGCCAGCUAUUCCCGCACAUCUGUGCUCAUGGGAGUCUUCACGAGCUCUGUGCUGGGUCAGAUAUGUGUGUCACUAGGAGGUGUAUCAUACAGGAUGUUAAGUGCAGUCUCUCUGGGGUUUGUCACUUUUGGGUUAUUCUUGUCCUUCUUCCUGCCAUGGCCCAAACGUAGCUUGUUUUUCAACCAAGCACGUCUGGAAGAGGAAAGGAAGGAAGCAGCUCAAUCGGAAUUGGCCAAAAUGAAGCCUGAGGAGAAUGAUGGCAGUGUGGCAGCACAAGGCAGUAACCACAAAUACCCAUCCUGGACAAAUACAGUGUUUGUUCAGAUGCUGAAGGAGUUAAAAAAUGUAGUGAAAGUUCCCAGUUUAAGGCUUUGGAGCUUGUGGUGGGUGUUCAAUUCCACUGGUUACUAUUUAGUACUAUUUUAUGUGCACAUCCUGUGGAAUAAAGUCUACCCUGCCACAGAUAACAAACAUGUUUACAACGGAGCGGUUGAAGCUGCCUCUACCUUAUUAGGGAUGUAUGUUGAACUUCUCCAAACAUUGCUGCGUCCACAUCUUUCUUACAUUCAACUACAAGUUUGCAUUCAGAUCUGUGCCCAUUCAAUCAACAACCAAAUGAUGGAACCGAAUCCCUGUCCAACAUGUGCAGUCACAUCAUUUGCGGCAGGCUAUGUGAAAAUUCGAUGGAAUCUUUGGUCUGAACUGGUGAUUGGAUUGAUCACUGCAGUACAGGCCGGACUACUGCUUCUCAUGGGCAUCACAGAUAACAUCUGGGUUUGCUAUGUGGCAUAUGCCCUGUUCAGAGGCUUCUACCAGUUCCUGGUGCCAAUCGCUAUUUUCCAGAUUGCCUCCUCUCUCACUAAAGAACUGUGUGCUUUAGUGUUUGGAGUAAACACUUUUCUUGGAACAGUCCUGAAAACGAUCAUCACUAUCAUUGUGGCAGAUAAGAGGGGAUUGGCUUUGAAUGUUCAGUCUCAGUUUUUUGUUUAUUUCUUUUACUUCACUCUGCUGACUGUGGUUUAUCUGGGCUGUAGUGCCUUUAUCAUCACAUGUCAUUACCGCAAUCAAAGAGCACAGGAGGAGACUACGGAAGUAGCUAUAGCCACUGAACUUAGUCCCAUGACAACGGCUGCUAGUGAAGGCACAACGGCACAUAAUGGAACCAGCAUUAAGACAUGAGAUUCAAAGGAAUUCUCCAUCUCUUAAACUGUUACUUCAAAAUCAGAACAUUUUAUUAUUUUAAGUAUGA